AUGCUUGAAACUCAGAUAUCGCAAGUAGCUCAAACACAAGCCGCACAAACUACACCUGGAGGAAAAUUCCCUGGACAAACUCAACCCAAUCCUAGAGGGAAAGCAAAUUCCAUUACCUUAAGAAGCGGAACCGCUUGCGAUGGACCUAAAAACCCAAUCUUGAGCGCACCCGAAAAACCUAAGGAAAAUGUCAUACCCAUGGACCAAGUAGAGAAACCAGAGGAACCUAAAAAGCAACCAAACCAAGGAGUAGAAGCGAAAGAUAGAGACUAUACACCACCACCACCGUAUAAGCCACCAAUUCCACAUCUGCAGAGACUUAAACAAACCAAAAUAGAAAUUCAAUACCAAAUAUUCAUCAAAGUGAUAGAAAAACUCCAUGUAGAAAUCCCUUUCACCAAAGCAAUCACCCAAAUACCUUCAUAUGCUAAAUUCUUAAAGGACAUUCUGUCCAACAAGCGCAGACUCGACGAUCCUAAACCUUUAGAAUGCAACUUUAUUUCCGAAAAUAAACUUGCCAAGAAAGAAAAGGACCCUAGGAGUUUUUCCAUUCCUUGCAUCCUAAGAAAUCAUAUGAUCGACAAAGCUUUCUUAGAUCUAGUAGCGUGUUAG